GCGAUGAUCCUCGUCCGGACCCCAAUCCAAGCGACCCCCCCUCAAGUUGCAGCCAUCCCUGUGUGAAAUGGCCCUAGAUGGUCAUCUUCUGGCCAAAGAGCCGGCUGUCAGCCUGACGGGCAAAAUGAAUUUAGACUUUUGCGCUGCAUUUCCCUCCUUCAUCUGGUCAUCGUCACUGUCAUCCCCUCCUCCUUCUUGUCAACUAUUGUCGUCGCUUUUGUUCAGAUCGCAGGGCCGUCACUUUCGCCAUGUCGGAUUCGCCCGCCGAGCCUCAAUUUCCUCCGGGGUACAUGGAGGCUGACAGAGGCAGUCAAGUCAUUGCGGCGUCCAGCUUCAUUCUGGUGUUGACCACCAUUCUGUUAGCCAUGCGGCUGUACGCACGUAGCCUGACCAAGGCUGCCAGAGGCUGGGACGAGUUCUUGCUUGUGCCUUCGUAUAUGUGCUUGAUCGGGUUGCUUAUCUGUCUAUACCUGGAUGUCAUAUACGGCGGCCUCGGCCGACAUACCGCCGCCGUCGUGGCCGAAGAUCCUAAUCAGAUGGUCGUUUUUGCGAAGCUCCUCUAUGUGCUUGAUUGGUUCUACGUACCCUCUAAUUGCAUGUCUCGGAUCUCUGUUGUCGCUCUUUACCUACGCAUCUUCACCAGCAAGUUCUAUCGCGGCAUUUGCUGGUUCGUUAUCGCCUUUCUAAUCGGUAAUAUGCUGUCUACCAUUAUCGCUGCGCAGCUUGAGUGCGUCCCGCUAGAAUACACCUGGAACAAGGCGCUUCCGGGUGGCGGAACAUGCUUCGACCAAAUCCUGUGGUACGAAAUCAGCAAUAUUCCUAACGUUGUUGGUGAUCUUAUGAUUCUCGUUUUGCCCAUUCCGACGGUGUGGGGGUUGAAGGCAUCGACGGGGAGGAAGCUAGGUAUUGCGAUGGUAUUCUUUAUGGGAAGCAUUGGUCUUUUCGCCUCUUGCAUGCGAACCGGUGUCUUCUUCCGCGAUUCCGAAAUGUUCAGAACAGACGCUACCUGGGCCACAGAAGCCUUCUCCUGGACGGCCGUCGAAUGCGGAAUGUACUUUAGCGCAGCCUGCCUCAUUGGCAUGCGCCCUCUAUUCUCAAAACUCCCCCGCUGGCUCCGCGACCGCAUCCUCCACCCCUCUGACCGCGGAAACUCGACCCUCGAAGCGCGCUCCGGAACCGGGACGGCUCUCAGCUUCAAACGAUCCCACCACGGCCACGGUCUCGGCCACCGGCCGUACCUGAACCUCUCGAGCGGACGGAACGGCACGGGCACCGACACCACUCCGGGCGAAGCGACGCAGCUCAAGUCGAUGAACGGCGUGAUGACGAGCACGGUGAUAUCGCCGCGCGGAAGCGGGUUCGAGGACGACGAGAUCCGGAAUCUGGUCAAGGAUGAUGGGGAUAUUCGCAUCCAGACGAGGAUCGAGGUUAAGAGUGACCGGGGUGGGUAUUGAUUUGAUCGGAUCUAUAAAGAGCGGGCGUGCAUGGGGGUGUGGUUUGGCAGGAAACCCAAAGUUCCUAAGUCCCGAGAUGAUAUUGAUUGGCGAAUGCAACGCACGUGAAUGCUGUGAUAGCCUCCAAUUGACACUCGAGGACUCUGAGCGAAGCAUGGAGGGGCAAAGAAGGUGUCGGUGUCGUUGGUGGAUGCCCAGCUGCCUGACUGUCUCACAGCCUCGCUGCCUCAGGCACCCUGCUCUGAAGGUCCCGGUCCGGGCGACGGAGUAUAACGAGGAGGGCGUAUUUUCUACCGGGUGCUUUUGGUUUUUGGUUCUUUUUGUUCGUUUCUGACUCUGCUACAAAUAAUAUUGAUGGAUGGAACAUGUAUGAAUAGUGGAAUAACAGGCAAUUCAACCCUGGUGGUUAAUCUCGCUUUUUACUUCUUUUUUCUGUGUCGGUUUCCUUUUCCCGCAAAUCCAUUUGUUUGGCAUAAGGCUCAACUAUCUGAUAUUCAAGCAAAAAACUUAUUGAAACUUUUCGGA